AUGACAUACUCACGCCGCGCCACUCAUGCGGGUUCAUGGUAUGAGGGGUCCCCCAACGCACUUAAAGCUCUUGUGGACACAUUGUUUAGCACAGCGAGCAAAUCCCCACUGAAAGAGAGCGAGAAGAUGAUUGGUGUCAUAAGUCCGCACGCUGGAAUCAGCUACUCGGGCAACACCGCUUCUCAUGUGUAUGUUCAUCUCCGUGAUUACAUAUACGGUCAUAAAGGCCGCAGUAUUACUCGCAUCUUCUUGUUAGGUCCCUCACAUCAUAAGGGGUUUGAUGGAGUUGAGGUUUGUGCUGCGCAGAGGUAUGAAACACCAUUUGGGCCCCUCGUUGUUAACGCAAAGGUGGGGCAGGAGGUGGAAAAAGAACUUCGCGCCGCCGGUGUUCCUGUGGGUACGAUGCAUCGAAUGACGGAUGAGGAUGAACACUCGAUUGAAAUGCAACUGCCCUUUAUUUCACACCUACUGCAUUAUCCACCAAACGGCUACAAACCGGCAAUGGAUCGUGUUGAACUUGUGCCGCUGCUCAUCGGGGGAACAAAUCGCAAAAUGGAAAACUUGAUAGGUUCGGUUCUUUCCAAGUACCUGAAGGAUAAUCAGAAUUUUUUUGUAAUAAGUUCUGACUUCUGCCACUGGGGCGCACGUUUUCAAUACAUGUAUCACUAUGAGAAAGCGGAAUAUCCAGACAUUGGUGACGCUAUUAUUUCAAUGGAUCAUGAGGGCAUGCGACUGCUGGAGGCGCGGGAUAUGGACGGCUGGUAUAAAUAUUUAUCGACUACAAACAAUACCAUUUGCGGGCGCCGGCCAAUUUCGGUACUGAUGGCAGCUCUCGACUCAAAAAAGGAAGCCGUUGUGCGAUUUCUUCACUACUCUCAAUCCAACCGCUGCAAAAACAUGUCUGACUCCUCUGUAAGUUAUGCGGGAGCAAUCGUUACUCUAGACGAGAGCGGUGAUAAAUCUGCGCCAUGA